AUGGAGACUGCAGGAGAAGGCGGCAACGCUGGCGGCAGAAUGAUGCCCCGGCGCCUGCAGGAGCUGGAGCAGCGGGUGGCCCGCAGACGCUUGUCCCAGGCCCGCCACAGAGCCACCCUGGCAGGGCUCUUCGGCAACCUCAGGAAGGCUGUUUACUCCCACUCUGAUCUCACAGCCCCAAAGUGGCAAGUUUUGAAUAAGGCGAAGAAUCGUAUUCAGGAACUGGAACAAACUUUGGAUAAUCUGCUAAAGCUGAAAGGAUCUUACAACCUGGAGGAUGGGAAUGCAAACAGCUUAGAGGAGGCCAAGAAAGAAUAUGCCAGCAUGUACUCCAGAAACCCCAGUCUGGUGUCAAAUAAAGUUCAUCGGAAAGGCUCGGACACUUGGUGCUCCUUCGAGGCAGCCGGGAAGGAUGUGGAGGAGGAAGAAGAAGAGGAGGAGGAGGAGGAGGAAGACCAAGAAGAGGAGGAAGAGGAUGAGGAGGUGGAGGAGGAAGAGGAGAAAAAAGUGGAGCUCUCACACUCCUCCGUCAGUGUGCUGCCAGACCUGUUGGAAUUUGAACGGUACCUCAGCUUUUACAAGCAGAUGAUGGACUUUCUGGUCAGGAACAGGAUCAUCUCCUCCACGGAGGUGACGCUCCCCAUCGCGUCCGCGGCCGUCUCCCAUCUGUGGCAGACCCUCUCGGAGGAGAGGAAGACCAUCCUCUUGCGGGUGUGGGAGAAGGCACAGAGCAGCCUCGUGGGGUCCUGUCCAGAGCCGGCCUGCCCUGAGGGCAGCAUGAAGGACAGCGGGCUUGACAGCCAGGGGGCCAGCUGCUCGCUGGUCUCCACCCCUGAGGAGAUCCUUUUUCAAGAUGCCUUCGAUGUGGCAAAUUCCCUGGACAAAAGUGAAGCUCCAGGCACAUCUAGCCCCAGUUCCGUGCUGGCUGUCUGCAACUCAAAAAAUCCCGAGGAUAAGUUUCAGCUCUACGUGCAGAUUAUCGAUUUUUUCAAAGGCCUUUGGUGUGUUAACACUCAGGUCAAACAGGAACCGGCCCUUCCCGUUGACAAUGAGACGAUAAUGUUGAGGUGCACGGAGACAUUUGAUGAUGAAGAUCUGUGA